UGGAAGCAAUGCGGCGGAAGGCAGAGAUUCAAGUCGAUAUGACGAGAAAGGUGCGCAGCUUCUUUUCUUUUCAUAAUCCAGUUUGGUUUCGUUUUAAGAUGGGGCGACAGUUGAACGAUAUUGUUGAGAAAAUAGAGAAAAUCAUAGAUGAGGGAAAUCAAUUUGGUUUCACGGUCAAACCACCACCACAAAACAGGGAUAGGCCACAGACCCACUCCUAUGUUGAUGAGUCAAAUGUCAUUGGAAGGGAGGAAGAUAGAGAAAAAAUAGUGAAGUUGUUACUUGAUCAUAAUCACAACCAGAAUGUUGCAGUCCUUUGCAUAGUUGGUAUAGGGGGUCUGGGUAAGACCACACUGGCCCAAUUGAUUUACAAAGAUGAGAGGGUGAAGGAGCAUUUCCAGCUGCUUAUGUGGGUCUGUGUGUCGGAUGAUCUCGAUGUUGCAAAUCACAUUCAAAAAAAAAAGAGUACGAUGUUGCAAAAGUUGCUCGAAAAAUAAUAGCUUCAGCCACAGGGGAUGAGUGUAAUCUAGAAACCAUGGAGUUGUUACAACGCCGUCUUCGAGAAGCUGUGAGUCAGAAAAGGUAUUUACUUGUAUUAGAUGACAUUUGGAAUGAGGAUCAGGCAAAGUGGGAUGAGUUAAAAAAUUUACUAGGAACUGGUGGAGAAGGAAGCAGGAUCAUUGUGACUGCACGAAGUCAGCAGGUAUCAUUGAUAAUGGGUACACUCAACACCUAUCGUUUACAAGGUUUGACCGAGGAUGAUUCUUGGACAUUGUUUAGGAAGAGAGCAUUUGAAGAGGGAGCAGAAGUGCCUCCAACUCUGGAAAAGAUUGGCAGGGAGAUUGUCAAGAAAUGUGGUGGGUUGCCUCUUGCAGUGAAGACAGUGGGGGGCUCAAUGCAUUCCAAGAGCCAAGAAAGGGAAUGGUUGUCUGUGAGGGAUAGUGAAAUUUGGGAUAUGCCGGUUGGUGAAGAUGGGAUCUUACCAGCACUAAGGUUGAGCUACAGUCAUUUGCCUUCCCAUUUAAAACAGUGCUUUGCUUUUUGUGCCAUAUUUCCAAAGGAUUAUGAGAUGGAAAAGGGUCUGCUGAUACAGCUUUGGAUGGCCAAUGGAUUCAUUCCAUCUGACGGAAGAAAGGAGUUGGAGGACAAAGGGCAUGACAUUUUUAAUGAGUUGGCUUGGAGAUCUUUCUUUCAGGAAAUUGAGGAGGUUGAGUAUAGUUACCCAGAGAGACAUGAACAUUACUGCAUAACAAUAUGCAAAAUGCAUGACCUCAUGCAUGAUCUUGCACGAUCCAUAAUGGGGAAUGAAUGCCUCAGCAUGUCAGAACCUACUAGGUGGGAAGAAGUCUCAAGAAAAGCCCGUCAUUUGUGUACAUCUGAAAACUUUUCAUUGAACCUUCAUAGGACAUUUCAUAGCUGUCGGAUUGUUCGCACUCUCCUAUCUUCAUUACCAAAGAUGUUGCAUACUGAUAUUAUAGUGACUGAUGAUACAUUGCAGCCUAAGUCCUUGAGAGUAUUAGAUCUACAUAAUACUGGUAUCACGUGUCUGCCUAUUGCAAUUGGAUAUUUGAAACAUCUGAGAUACCUCGACCUCUCUGGCACCCAUAUUAAAGCAUUACCGGAUGACACCAGCACACUUUUUAAUCUACAAACUCUAAAACUCUCUAACUGCUGGAAUCUAUGUAAGCUGCCUGAAGACAUGAGAAAUAUGAGUAGUCUUAGGCACCUCUACAUUGACAAAUGUAAAAGUUUGAAGCACAUGCCAGCUGGUAUGGGGCAAAUGAGGAGCUUGCAAACAUUAACGAUGUAUAUUGUAGGCAAUGAUGCUGGGAGGGGUAUAGGAGAGCUGAAUGGCUUAAAUCUUGGUGGCCUACUAGAACUGUAUAACUUGAGGAAUGUGAGGGAUGCAGCAGAAGCUAGGCAUGCAAAUAUGGGCUCGAAACAAAAUCUUCGCUCAUUCAUACUAUGCUGGGAUAUGACUCAGUGGAAUCCCCCUUAUUGUUAUGCAGAAAGUGCCCAUCGUUGUUAUGAGGAAGAUGUUUUGCCAGCAGAAAAUGCUGAAGAGGUUUUUGAAGCCCUGAGACCUCAUGGUGGCUUAAAGCUGCUGGCAAUCUGGCGCUAUGGGGGAGGCAGCUUUCCAACAUGGAUGAUGGACUCUCUGUUGCUGCAAAAUUUAGUUGAAAUCCAUCUGGGAGUUUGCACAGGUUGUGAACACCUCCCACCUUUAUGGCAGCUUCCUUUUCUUAAAUUUCUCUACAUGAUUAAGAUGGAUAGCAUCAAGCACAUCUGCAGCAGCACCAUCUACGGCAAUGCAAGUAAUGGCACCGUGCAAGCAUUCCCCUCACUGAAGAGACUGGUGUUGCAUACGAUGCUGAGCUUGGAGAAGUGGUCAGAGAAAGAAGGAACCGUAGAGGUCGCUCUGGUUUUCCCUCUCCUUGCUGAGCUUGAGAUAAUUUGUUGCCCAAAUUUGAUGACCAUGCCAGAGAUACCAUCUCUCAAAAGUUUAGAAUUGAAAGGAACUGAUAUGCAGUUGGGCUUGGUCUGUAGUCUGACAACACUAUCUUCCCUUAACAUUGAAGUCUAUAAAACGAGCAAUGGCACAGAGUCCCCUCCUCUUUCUAAGAACAAAAUGUCUUUCAAGUGUUUCAGAUCUCUUGAAAAUUUAGGUAUUGUGGCAUCGGACAUUUUGGCACCAUUGCUGGAGGACGAGGUGGAGACGAGAGGACUGAGCUCAUCCCUGCAUCAUUUCAUGAUUCAGCACUGCCAUUGGUUGUUUUCAUCAUCACAACAGUCUUUGUCACCGUUGGGGUUUUGGAAGAACCUUACUUCUCUCCUAUACUUGAGGAUGGAAUUUUGUGAUGAUCUGGUCCACUGGCCAGAGGAGGAGUUCCGUGGCUUGAACUCGCUGAAGAAGAUAAGUAUCUAUGGUUGCAACAAGUUGGUUGGUCCGUCACCUUUGCCAUUAUCCUCGUCAUUAGAUGGAAAGCUCCUACCAAACCUGGAAGAGCUAGAUAUUGUGCAUUGUGAUGGUCUGCUCGAAUUGCCCAGGUUGCCUAGUUCCCUCAAAUCACUGUACGUUGGUUACUGCCCCAAACUAAAUUCCUUGACGGAAGGCUUGCAACAUGCCACUGCUCUUGAGAGGGUCGAUAUUUCAGGUUGCCCAAGCCUGACUUCUCUGCCAGCAGAUCUUGGCCACCUAACAGCACUCACAAGUAUGUAUAUCAGUGAGCUUUCUGGCUUGAAAUCUUUGCCACAAGGACUCGGACAGCUCGCUGCACUCAAGUCUCUGUGCAUCCACAAGUGCAGCAACUUGUCAUCUCUACCAGAAGGGAUGCAGGGCCUCACUUCCCUUGAGUAUCUGUAUAUUACACAAUGCCCUCGGCUUUCAUCACUCCCGGAAGGUCUCCAACAACAACUCCCCGCACUUCAGGGCUUGGUCAUCGACGAGUGCCCCAGCCUGCAGAGACUGUGUAAGAGAGGAGGAUCGUAUUGGCACCUGGUCUCACGCAUUGCCUAUACUGAAAUAUCAGAUAGGCGCACCAACGGCACCUUCCUUCCUUCCUUUCCUUGCUUUGGAAGACCACCUAAAGUAUGAAGUCAUCUGAGUCCUUAAUAGCUAUGACAGAUCAACACCAAAUUCAGCAUCAGGAUGAAUAAAGUGCAGUCAUGGUGCA